AUGCGACAGUUGCUCGUCGAGGCUGCUGCUGAGGAAGCUCGUCGACAGUUGCAGCCGGAACUCUCUGCACAGUCUGAAGAGGCUCUUGCUCGCAUGCGAAGUGCUGCAGAAAGCAAGAAGCGCCGCUUGAGUGGUGGCCGACCUCGGAACGUCGGCUCUCAAAAGCGCGUUCGCCGACGUGAGCGACCUUUGGCUGUCAGGGUCCGCAUCUCUCGUCAGAUGCUGGCAGAGAGGCCUGCUUUUGCCUCUGACAGGGACUUUGUGGCUGCCAUGUCCAAGAAGCUGGGCCUCGCAAGAAAAACCGUGCAGAAGCUCUGGGCAGACCACGACAGCACCGAAGCUCUAGUGAAAAAGCGACGGCUCAGCUUGAACCCGGAGAAGCACUCUGCAAGCAAAGGCACUCGAAAGACCGCCUCUGACCGGCGCUUUCGCGGCUUUCGCCGCCCUGGUGGUGGCAAGAAGGAGCUCUUCCCGCAAGUGACUCUCUCUCUGAAGCUCUGGUUCGAGGAGCAGAGAGCCUAUGGUCACACUGUGACCAGAAGAGUUCUCUUGUCUAAGUGGCAGGUUCUCAUGGAGGAAGAACUCUUGCGCCUUCGAACUCUAGCAGACUCUGCCUUGGACUCAGCGGAACGCUCUAAGUACGAGCUCUUAAGACAGCGAGGCCAGGCGGCUCUUGACUCUGUCUCCAAGGACUCUGGCAAGAACAGGCUCCGCCAGCUCCUCCACAAGCUGGGCUGCUCUCUCCUCGUGCCUGACCUCACAACCAAGCUCUCAGCUGAAGAAGAGCGAGUCCGAGCUGCUCUGACGUACCAGAGCUUUGACCGCAUGCUCUGGGUUGCUGCCUUCUCGGAUCUCGAGGAGCUCUCUGAGAAGGUCAUCGCUCCCAAGAAGUUCCGGGACUCUGUGGAGAACCUGGUCUGCCUUUUCUCCGACCAGAUACCUCUGUGGGUGAAGAGUGGACAGGAGCGAGAGCUCUUUGCCUCUUGGGAACGGCAGCCGUGCUCUCAAGCAGAGCUCCGCCACAAUCUGGAGGUUGCACACCAAGCCUCUCUGGAGCAAAGAGGCAAAUCUUUGCCAUCUUUCGAGGCUGCGAAGCCCUCUGCCAAGGCAAAAGCUUCCUCUGGCCAAGGGCAAAAGAGGGCUCUCAAGGAGGACCAGCACUCGAGAUACCGCAUCACCUACGAGGCGCGCCAAGCUCUCUAUGGCCUCUGCACCUCCAAACCUCAAGCCCAGCUCUCUGGCGCGGUUCUUCCAGGACUCAUUGUGGUGCAUGGUGUCCACGCCAGGCUCUCCAACAUUGAUAGCUCUGGUCGCUUCAUUGUGGAGGAGUCUUUCUCUUGGAAGGGCAAGCAGGUGGUCCGCUCUGCGAAGUCGCACGCCGGGAAGAUCCUGCUCUCGUGGCGUCAGGCUCGCGACAAGGACCCUCUUCUCUUCGAGCAAGUCUCUGUGAUGUCUCAACCCUCGGCCAAUGUCGACUCUAUCAUCUUCAAAUGGAGUCAGGAAGAGCUCGCAAAGGUCCCUGUCGUGGCUCUGCAUCAGAGAGAUGCCUUUGCGGGGGCCUGGACGACCUCUGCAACAGAGUCCCUCUACGCGAGCAACCACCUGCAGUGCCUCUUGGCACCCAAGCUAACUGCCUCUCUGCAGUUAACUGACACGGACUAUGCUCGGUCGUUCAAAGCUCUCUGCAGAGCCGAGAUGGAGUCUCUCAGGAGCUCGGGACAGCAGGCUCUUCUUGCUCAGGGCUCUCGUGAACCCUGGCAGGCUUCGCCUCUCGACAUGGUGAAGGCCAUUGUCUCUGCUCAGACAACUCUUCGGCAAAGGAACGAGAAGAACUCUUGGGUGGUGGCAGGACUCCGCCGCAACGGCAUCCUCGCCUACAAGGCUUCUCUCGCCGAGCAGAAACUCGUUCCCCUCUCCUCUGAGGAAGUCGGAGAUCGCUUUCUCUGGGUGGACAAGAAUCUUGUUCCUCUGAAGCCAGACUUCAGCCUCAUCACGGCCUCUAAAGAGCUGGCGGACCUCUACGAGUGGGACUUUCACAAUCCCGCCUCUGCGCCAGAGGAGGACCAAGCUCUGAUGGACAUCUCGGAACUGCCCUCUGAGCUGCAGCUGCCAUGCAUCGAAAGUGGGCUCUUGCGCCUUCCUCUCGAACUGCAGCUUGCAGCUCAACGCCGCUCUAUCUCGACACCUGUCUCUGUGAAGGACAAGAAAGCCUCUAGGAGGUACGCGAAGAUGGUGAAGUCUCUGGCAAAGAAACGAGUCUCUGCCAAGCUUCGCAAGGCUUUGAGAGACAAGCUGAAGACGCAGUCUCUAGGCCAGACUCUAGGCAAGCUCGUGCCUCGUGCGGGCGAGGCCUCUGAAGCCAUCUCUCAGAAGAAAAAGAAGCUCCAGAAGCUCAAGGUCAAGAAGACCGCUGACGGCAAGGCUCUCAUGAAGGCUCUCACGAUGAAUGCUGCCGAGGCUCUGGCACUCCAAAACUCCGACGUCGAAGCUGAAGAGGCCACUCUGGCAGAAGUCACGAAAGGACCUCUGGCGGGCCGGGUCUGUCGGGUCUUGCAGCUCGGCGUCCACUGUGGCAAGGAGGCGACCUGCUCUCACCACAACCUCAGCAAAGGCACGGUGACUCUCCCGUGUCUGGGCGACAGCAUGGCGACUUUGACAUUGCCUGACUCUCUGGUUGUGGAGAAGGAGGCCUCUUGGCUGAAGCCUCUGUCCUGGAAGCACAUGCGGCUCUCUCGUGAACUCAAGCAGAGGGUCCUCCACUCUUGCGGAGGCUCCCAGCUCUUUCUCGAGGAGAGUGUCUACGGGCCGGAGCCGAUUGAGCUCUUGAAGACUCCGCCUCAGAUGCUGCUGGACCAACACAUCCUCUAUGGUUUCGAGCUCCUCCGAUGGCAUUUCAGCCAGGGCUCUGAGAAUUUCUUCUUUGAGCAAGGCAUUCGCAUCGUGGACCCCAAGCUUUCUCUCCAGUACAUCACGAAGGAGUGCUUUGAUGUCUCUAUCGUGGAAAACGCCUUGAAACGCGAGGGUGAGCUCUUCAAGACGCUCUUCGUGCCUGUCUGGGGCCAGGGUGAUGGCCCAAAGCAUUGGACUCUGCUGCACUUGGACCAGGAGUCUGAUGAGGUUCGUAUCAAGUACUACGACUCUCUGAACGAUGAGGAGCCGCACCCUUGCUGCGCUGCGAAUGCCCAGGUUCUGUUGGACUUCCUCUUCCCCGGCAAGACUUUGCCCCAACGUGAAGACUCUCAGAGGCAGAAAUCUGACGAGUGUGGCUUCUAUGUCCUGACCCACAUCUUCGAGGUGGUAGCUCUCAAGCGAGGGGAAGGCCCCGCGAGCAGGGGCUGGAGCUCUGUGAUCGUCAUGGAUCUCAUGAACUUCCUCAGAACAUGGCUCGGGCAGCUCUCUGGCGAACAAGACAAGCUCCAGAACGAGCAGGCCUCUCGCUUGAAGUCUCUGGAGAAGAGCCGACUCAAGAACCUCAAGGUCUCUCAAGAGCUUGCCAAGAAGGCCUCUGUCGCAGCAGAAGCAGCCUCUCAGGCAGCGAAACUCGCUGCCAAGGUUUUGUCUCUAGGCAAGGAACCUGAGCUCUCUGAUCUUCCUAAGGAACAUCAGGACAAGAUUUCUCAAAUUAGACUCUUUGGCUGCUCCGUCUGCAGUCGUUGCAGAUGGGUCUCUGGCUGCCUCUCUUGCGACGGCCCCAAGGCCGAGCGUUAUUACCUCAACCAGUUAAGAACCCAGUAUGCGAGCUAA